CAACAGGAUGCAGUUCACGAUCAUCAGCAGAGUCUGCAGCGACACAGCUUCGCCAACAAACUGCGGGAAAAACUGAUCCCCACGGCUUUGCGCCGUGAGAACGAGCUUUAUGCGAACAACGAAAGUAGCUCUGGUUCCUCCUGUCGGUCCAGUAUGUUGGAGGAAAGCACCACCUGUCGGCAAAUGCAGCGCUCCGUCCCCGGCCCAACGGGGAGCAGCAGCAGUUUCGGCACCGUGAGGAAAGUGCCGAAGCCGCUCGAGUUUUCGGAUUUGGACCAGUCCGACCACACUUACCACUCACACGACCACGACAGUCAGAAGUCGGACUCGUCCUCGCAAUUCACGCUUCCGGAUCAACAUUCCGCGCCCCGGUCCGUGCCGCGCUCGAGACAAAUCAGUAGUACGGAAAAUUCGUCGGCUCAACUCAUGUUGACCACGCCCGUGCUCUCGGACUAUUGUUCUGCAUUGGAGCAACAGGAAUAUAUUCUUGCCCGGGUGGCACAGUACAAAGAGCCGAAGAUGACCAAGAGCCAGCGUGUCUUGAUGCAACAGAGGCUGGACAUCCAAGCCUACCAGCGCUGGUUACGGGGUCCGGGAAGGAGCAAGUCGGCGAAUCUACCGAUUGGAGCGAAGGCGGAAGUGCCAGUGCCGGUGCAUCCCAUACCAAACUUCUAGCCCAGAGAAAAAAGCUGUUACACCAACAUGGCAGUCUUUUGAUACCAAAAGAACAAGCGAGGAAGAAAACAAAUAUGAGAGAAACAAAAACGUCGGUCUUGCAUAGUGCCUCAAAUUAUCGCAUGCCACGGGCUACUGGCCCACGACAAGAAUUUUUGUGCUGGAAUAUUUGCUUAUGACAUCAUUAGCAAAAAAUUACGGUACGCUGGCUUUUUUCUGUGUGAUACGUUCGGGUCCGGGGCACCGAUUUUUCAGAGCAAGACAGCGCCGCCGGCUCACGCAAAGUCUUCCUCCUCGUCAGCGCGCAGGGUAAACAACUGGACCGGCUACGAACAGGGGGAAAUACGCCCGCAAAUGACCCCAGCGCCUGUUGUCGGCAGAAAUCCACGAGACGCCGUGGCCCCUCCUAUCAUGACCACCAGCCAGCAGCGAGACGUUUUGAAUGAGUCUGACCUCAUAUGCGAGAAAUAAACUGUGAAUGAUAAUGGAGGUCCUCCUGGGAGUCGUGACAGCAUGACAAAAAUUUUGUUCCGGCAUGUCAGAUGAAGCCAGUCAGGCACAUCUACUUAAUGCUUGAAAACACAUGUGAAAG